UUGCAACUUUACAAGGAUUUACUUAAAUACGGGGCGAAUCUCCGAUUUACGGAUAAACAAUACUAUCGGUACAGAAUCAGGCGAGGUUUUAGGCAAAAUAAGGAUCUGGAGGACCAAGAAGCGAUUCAAUUCCAAAUUGAGAAAGGGAAGAAGGUUCUGGAACACAAGAAGAUAAUCUGAAGAAUUCGUAGCAUAGUAAUAUUAUUAUGGACAAAGGAUGCAAAACCUGUAUCAGAUGAUGUCGACUCCAGGCUGUGCUGCAUUUUCUGUAGUUAGAAACGUUUUAGCGAGUGCAAAUAGCUGGAGAAGUAAUACUGCGAUUGGAACUCUUUAUAAUUUAAACAAAGAUAGGAGCAUUGAGUAUGCUCAAGUGCGUUAUAAAUCAUUGAAGAGGUUCCUGGAUUUUUCAAAGGUGCCGAAGCUACUUGAAGAGGAUCUCGAGGAGCAGUACGUUCGAGGUUCUGGCCCUGGAGGCUCGAAUGUUAACAAGACCAACAAUGCAGUUGUGUUGAAACAUAAACCAACAGGCAUUAUUGUCAAAUCCCAUGAAACUAGGAGCCAAUGGGACAAUAGGAAAAUAGCCAGGGAGAAGAUGAUCAUGAAGCUGGAUAAUCUAAUAAAUGGAGAGAACUCCAUUGAAAAUCAAGAACGUGCAUUACAGACAAAAUUUAUCAAAGAAAAGCAAGCUCAGAAAAAGAAGCUACGCGACAUGAAAGCUGCUUUCAAGGAGCGUGAAGGUCUUACAUAAUAAUCGCAUGAUAAAAUUAAUUAAAAAAAAAAGCUCCACAUUCUCAUCAAGUCAUGAAAAAUGUAAAUAAAAGGAGUCAGUAAUUGCAAUUAUGCUUUUCUUUCUUGUGGAAAAAUUCAUGUAAAUAAAUAUAACAGAAUGAAAGCAAGGAACUAUAUGGUAUGAUUAGUUUUCAAAAAGUUUGAGAAUUCUGCAUACUUGCCUUUGUUAUAGGAUGAAUAAGGUGAUAUGAAAGUGGCCUCUCAAACGUUAAAUUGUUCAAACAUCUUUUCUCAAACCUAGGUGCAUCAAAUCAUUUGAAACUUUCCCACAUAAAUAUAGGCACCUUUAAAAAGGUCCUGCAAAUGUUGAUAACUUUUCAAAUGAUAUAUCAGUUAAAGAAAUCCUUUAUAUCGACAUCAAUUAAAUUUCUCGACGUCUCAUGUCACCUUAAAUCCAUAUUAACACUCCAUUGCUUUGUAAAUUGUGAAAGAACCUAAAUAAAGGAGGGGUAAUUCCAAAAACGCCUGAUAUCUUAUGAAAAAUUCGUGGUUUUUAAUCGCUUCUCUUUGUAGAACUCUUUCUCUCUGUCUUAAUGGAGAGACUUGUAGUAGUUAAACUUCUCUCAAUUAAGGUAUUCAGGUUCUCCUCAGUGCGAGGAAUUCGAAGUAGAACAUUAGAGAUACAUUAAUGUACGGAACAACGAAGAGGGGGGGUGAGAAGGGAAAGGUUAUUCUAUUGUAAAGCUUGUAUGCAGUCUUGCGUACUCUACGAAAUAAACCGAUUUACAAAAA